AUGGGCAAUUCACAGACAAGAGAGGCCCGGCCACCCUUUACUCCAAAUCGCCGAAGCCAUGGCGGUGGACAUGGAAGAUCACCGUAUGGCGACAGACAUCAUUCAGAGGGCUCCAGAUCAACGCGAGGCAGUAGACCAGAUCUCUCCAUUCUCGGAAUCGGCGGAAGCUCAGAGCGGGAUGUUGCGACCCUCGAGCACCGCCGAGAAACGAAGCAAGAGCGAGAGGCUCGCCGUUUGGAGAGGGAACGGGUGGCUCGGGUCAAGGAACGGGAGCGUAGUAUGAGGGAAGAACAUGUCGAUGGAGGUUACCUAGUUACGCAGGGUGUCUAUACGGGAACGGAAGAUUUCAGCAAGGCUAUGAUUGAACGACGACUUGCGCCCUUCUGGAGAGGUCUUAAUGACUUCUCCGAUUCUUGGACGGAACAUCAGCUUAUGGCUGCCGCGCGAGGCCUGCCUAUUCCACCGCCCGAUGAAAUCCCUCCAGAGCUAGAGUACAAGAACCCACCGAAAGUCACAGAAGGGGCAAAAGAGUCAACUGAUACAAAAGGAAUCCAACAUCUAACGGUACCGAUCACUUCAAGGUCACAAUCUUAUGGCUCCGAUGCGUCCCAAUCUUCCACCCCAGCCCACUCCUUACCUUCCCCCGCAUCACCCUUAGCCUCAGGAACUUCGAGUUCGCCAUUGUUCCGCACCCGGGCAAAGACACUCGCCUCUCUCACUACAUCUAAACAUGGUACACAAGCCGACCCAGCCCCCCGGGAAAUGCAGCUCCCUCGUGACCCAUUCGUCAAUGGUCAGCCCAUCGAGGCAUACCUUUAUAAAGACGCGGCUGAAUGCCCCAUCUGCUUCCUCUAUUAUCCUCCUUACCUAAACCGAACGAGGUGCUGCGACCAACCUAUCUGCUCUGAAUGCUUUGUACAGAUUAAACGUCCCGACCCACAUCCUCCUGAGCAUGGAGAUUCUGAUCCAAACGCCCCCGCCGCAGCCGCCGAGGGUGAUGCUGCCGGUAGCCAGGAUUGCCAACUUGUCUCGGAACCUGCAGCCUGCCCCUUCUGCGUUCAGCCUGAAUUUGGAGUGACAUACGCGCCGCCACCCUUCCGCAGAGGACUUACAUAUGCGUCAGACCCUAGUGUUCGCCCAAACUUUACUUCCCCAGUAUCAUCUACAUCUUCACUUUCUUCUGGAAAUGUUACAGCUGUUACGGGCCGGAGGCGCGCUACAUCAUUGUCUGCAAAUGACCCUACGGUAAUCACAACCGAUAAGGUCCGUCCAGAUUGGGCUCAAAAACUAGCCAACGCUCGGGCGCAUGCUGCGCGGAGGUCUGCAGCGGCAACCGCUCUCCACACUGCAGCAUAUCUGAUGAACUCGAACAGCAAUGGAAGCGACUCUCGAACUUUUAAUAUUGGGCGGAGAGGCGUCAUGCGGAGAGCUGGUGGUUCGGAUAAUCACAGUUCUUCUGGCCGCACAGGCUCCCCGGCGCUGCAGGCUCUUGCAUUCUUAACGGAUCGACGCGGUGCUACAAACGAAACGGAUGCUGCUGAAGAGGGCUCUGGGAAUAUAGCGCCGCCACGCAAUAGUUCCCGGCGAAACCGUAUUGACGAUUUGGAAGAGAUGAUGAUGAUGGAGGCGAUUAGGCUGAGUUUAGCCAGCGAGGAGGAGCGUCGUAAGAGGGAGGAGAAGGAAGCGAAAAAGGAAGCGAAAAAGAGAGAGAAGGAGGCCAAGAAGGCGGGAAAAUCUGCCCGUAAAACCGGUCUUUACAGUGCCAAUGCAAGUGGAUCCGCUUUGGAUGUACCUACAGGGCUAGGGAGGAUUGCAAGCAGCUCUUCCUCUGUUAUUGGCGAGGAAAGCACACCUGCUGGCAAGGGUAAGGAAGUGGAUCGUGUAUCCCCGGAUGCUCCCAUCGAUACUACGUCUACAAGUUCCGGUACUGCGUCCGCAAGUAUGAAUGCUGUAUAUCCGCCUGCGAAUUUGGCAGAUCAACAUCAGUCUAUGCAAUCUUCCGUCCUUCAAUCUUCACCCAGGGAGUUAUCGAAACCGUCACAUUUGCGACAUGUCUCGAGUGCUUCUUCGUCGUUCUCCUCUCUUGUUGAGUCGAUGUCUGGCGAUCACACUGGGACCACAGAGGGGAACGGCUCAUCUACAGAACCGCUGUUCAAUUUCCGGAGUCUAGCCGCCGUUAUUGGCGAUGAAGACAAAGGAGACGAAUCCGCAGAGCACGUAGAAAAUACGUCAUCAAAUGCGCAGGCUGAGGGGUCUGCCUCGCGGUCCGUGCUUCCAGUGGACCAUGCGCAUACCGGUGACUCGGUCUCCAAAGCUGACGCCGCCGCAUCCACGGGGUCGGAAUUCACACUACAAGAGAGUCAAGGAUAUUUGAUUCCUAAAGAGCUCAAAACACGUUCAGUUGAGAUCACCGACUCUACGGGAAAUCCCCAGGCCACGUCUUAA